ACCUGUCGAAUUUGCCUGUCGGACGAGAAUAUCAGUGAAUGGUUAUCGCCGUGUAAAUGCUUGGGUACAAUCAAAUGGGUUCACACAAGUUGUUUCGAGCAAUGGAUGGAUGUGGCCGCGAAUCCAAUGAAAUAUCGCUGCGCCAUUUGCAGCUAUGUGUACAGGCGUCAAUGGAAACUGAAGCCGUAUAAACUCUGGCAUUGGCCACGACUAAAUCUGGGAUUCAGUGAUAUCCUGGAAAUUUAUAUCGACAUAAGUCUGACUUAUCGACUUUUCCGUGAUUUGCCAAGAUGCCUUGACAGCAAGAUCUCGUUCAUGGUUUAUUCCGGCUUUGCACUGCUUUGGAAAAUUUUUGUAGGCACCAAUGCUCGGCUUUCGUUCUAUCUGAAUCUCGGCCACAAUCUCGCUGCCUCGAUCUCCUACUUCACAGUGCUAAAUGCUAUCUGA